ACAACAAUCUCCCUUCUCUCUCUCUCAUCAUAAAUCCUUGUGUGGGCAUUAAACUUUUAGAUUUGAUUUCACGGUGCUACACUGCUACCAUUUAUAGCAGGACAAGGUAACGUAGCCAAAGAUUUGUGAAGGAAAAACACAGAGAGGCGGCCUGCGGCGUGAAUUUCAUAACCUUACACACUCUGAAUCAAACAGUCACAGAGAGCCAUGGCGACCAAAGGAUUUGUGUUGUACCUAUUGUCUGGUUUCUCCGUCGCUGUCCUAUCAGUUCUCUUCAUCAACGACCACCCAAUUAAUCAAAACGCAUUCCCACCUCACCUUUCCUCUCUGAACAACACAUUUUCGCAUCACCCAUAUGGAUCUGAAUCCACAACUUGGCCUGAAUUGGAGUUCAGCUGGAGAAUUGUAUUGGCAACGGUGAUAGGGUUCUUGGGAUCAGCAUUUGGAACGGUGGGUGGGGUUGGAGGGGGAGGCAUUUUCGUGCCGAUGCUUACUUUGAUUGUUGGGUUUGAUACCAAGUCUGCUGCUGCUCUUUCAAAAUGUAUGAUAAUGGGGGCUUCAGCAGCAUCAGUUUGGUACAAUUUAAGGGUGCCUCAUCCAUGCAGAGAAGUGCCCAUCCUAGACUAUGAUCUGGCCCUUCUAUUCCAGCCCAUGCUUAUGCUAGGAAUCACCAUUGGUGUGGCUCUGAGUGUUGUCUUCCCCUAUUGGCUCAUCACUGUGCUUAUCAUCAUUCUGUUCAUGGGAACAUCAUCAAGAUCUUUCUUUAAGGCCACUCAGAUGUGGAAGGAAGAGACUAUUCUGAAGAAAGAAAUGGCUCGGCAACAAGAAACUUUUGUUAACUCUCAUGGUGAAUUACUAAUUGAUACACAGUAUGACCCAUUGAUUCCUAGAGAGGAGAAAACACCAUCGCAAAUUUUACUUUUCAACCUGAGAUGGAAAAGGAUUCUGGUGCUACUACUCGUAUGGGUUGCGUUUCUACUUCUUCAGAUCAUCAAGAAUGAUGCAGUGGUUUGUAGUGCAUGGUAUUGGCUGCUGUUUUGCUUACAGUUUCCGGUAGCUCUCGGCGUUUUUGGGAAUGAAUGUGUGAAACUAUACAAAGAAAGCAAAAGGAGGAGGAUCUCAGGGAACACAGAAUCAGUAUGCGAGGCUACACUUGAAUGGACCCCAAUUCAGCUUGCCUUCUGUGCACUGUGUGGUAUAUUGGGAGGCACUGUUGGGGGACUACUUGGAUCUGGUGGUGGAUUCAUUCUGGGUCCUCUCCUCCUUGAGAUUGGUGUCAUACCUCAGGUUGCAAGCGCGACAGCAACGUUUGUGAUGAUGUUCUCCUCAUCCUUGUCUGUGGUGGAGUUUUACCUCCUCAAAAGGUUCCCUAUCCCAUAUGCUAUAUACCUCAUAGCUGUGUCUAUAUUGGCUGGCUUCUGGGGACAAUUCUUUAUAAGAAAACUCAUUGCUUUUGUAAAGAGAGCUUCGAUCAUCGUGUUCAUCCUCUCCGCUGUUAUCUUUGCCAGUGCUCUAACAAUGGGGGUGAUUGGCAUUGAGAAAACUAUCAUAAUGAUUCACAACCACGAGUUCAUGGGAUUUUUGGGAUUUUGCAGCAGUCAGUGAUUACAUAUAUUAGGCAUAGAUAUUAGGGGGUGUUUGGUCAAUGCCUAAUUGACCAACCCCAGCAUCUCUGCCAUACAAUUUGAGCCGUUAUUCGUUUUGUUCGCAACGGUGGCUGUGUGAGUGUUAGCUGGUCGUUAACACCACCAACACCUUAUUUAUUUGUCGCUUCGUUGUGACAAUGGAUUAUUUUCAAGGCAUUUCUAGUUGGUGUGAGAUCUAUUGUUAGACUUGUUUUUCUAGCA